GUUCUUUAAAAAAAUAGGGAAAUCUUUUUAAAUCCCGCGAAUAGGAACCAUGAAGCGAAGUCGGUUCACGCACAAACCCUCGGAAACGGAGGAAAAGGUCGUCAUGGAGUACAAGGGUCGUUACUUUGAAGUGCCUCGGUCCGAGUAUCAAAGGCGAUUAACGCACAUUGAGCAAGCGCAAACAAGCAAGCAAGUUCAAGCCGUGUCCCGAAUCCGAUCCGACGUUGCUUCCACCAGCCAUGGCCCUAACCCCUCCGCCCCGGAAGCUCGCUCCAAGAACAACAACACCGACAUGGUCACAAGCUUUUUCGACCAGCUCGAGCAGAGCUUCAAAAAGACCAUGAACCAAUCGGAACGAGCCCAAGAAGCGCCAAAGACCCCGCUGGAACAUCAUUUCACCCUGGAAGACUGCAACGAGAGCCAGCAGACGAUCGCGGAACGACCCAAAGAUUGUCCGAUUCCAGCGGAAUCGGCGUCAACGGCACCGCAAGAUCCGCGCCUGUUCAUGGACGUGGCCGAUUCGCUGGCACAGCUCAAGAGCACCGUGACGGACCUGAUCGAUCGCACCAUUGUGGACAUCGAGUCGAAGGCGAGUCUUAGCCAGAACGUUUCCUGCGAAACGGUCCUGAUGAAACGGGCUCUCGGGGAGGGUGGCGAGAACUCGGUACAAAAUUCGGAGUCCUAUGCGCAGAGCAAGAAAGCCAUCAGGAGCAAGUUGUACGGAGAAAUUGAGGAAAUUGUCAAGCGAUUAAAGGAUAUGGAGUUUUUGGAAUGAGAUCUGCGAUGAUUUUAUAUUU